AACGGCUACUUCCAUCUCAACAAAAACCCUUCCUUUCUCAAUCAAAAACCUCAAGAAAUCUCCUCGUUUAACAAGCCCUGAUUCUUCUCUCUCAAAUCCCACUAAAAUUCCGUAAUUAAAGAACUAAGAAAAUGGAUACAACACCACCUUCUCAUAGAUCAAACCCAAACACACAUGCAAAAUCAGCCUCUCGUUUAUCAAGAAUCGCAUACUCUAUCGACCCAGAAUCACAGCCUCCUCAGCUAUCUCUAGACCUUAUCCCUUCAUCACAGAAGGAAACCCCAUCAACCCCAUCUAGUCUUUCACUCAAGUCCUCAACCAAUUUUCUCCCUCUUCGAGAACUUCUCCUUCUCUCACCAUCUCCUUCAAGAAAAUCUAGAACUCGUCUCGCCGACCGGGAUGAGAUGCCAGAGGAGGGUGGUUUGGAGCAAAAUGGGUCUAGAAGGAGAUGCAAAAGUAGAGGAUCUCAGACGGGUUCUUUAGGUUGUGCUUCACCGAGGAGUAAUAGAAGGUUAAGGAGAAGAUUGGAGGUGGAGAGUAGGGAAGAGAGGGAUUUGAUUGGUUUGGUAGAUGAGGUUGGCAAAGUGAGAAAAAGAAGACAUAGCGGCCGGUCUAAGAAGGAGAAAGAGAAGCUCUCUUUAGUCCAUUCAUUUCCUUCUUCCAAUUCUACUGCAAAAGUUGAUGAAGGUGAUGGAAGAAAUUUGGAUAGGAUUGGAAUGGUUGUUUAUGAUUUGAUAAUGUGGAAAGAUGUGACAAAAUCAAGCCUUUGGUUUGGUCUUGGAUGUCUGUGUUUCCUAUCUUCUUGCUUUGCUAAAGGGAUGAACUUUAGCAUUUUAUCUGCUAUUUCGCAACUAGGACUUCUGGUUCUGGGUGCAUCUUUCUGCUCGAAUUCGAUAUGCCAAAGAAACAAUGCUGCAAAGACACGAAAAUUUAAGCUGACAGAAGAGGACGUUUUGAGAGUGGGUACAUUGAUACUCCCAGCUGCAAAUCUUGCAAUUUCAAAGACAAGAGAGCUUUUCUCAGGAGAACCAUACAUGACCAUAAAAGUAAUUCCAUUCUUGCUUCUUGGUGCUGAGUAUGGUCAUCUUGUAACUUUGAGGAGGCUUUGUGCUAUUGGGUUUUUCAUCAGCUUCACCAUACCAAAACUAUGUGCUUGCUAUUCUAGUCAGAUAAAGCAGAAAGCUGAGCAAAUGAAAAACCGAAUGUUUGAAGCUUGGGGAGCUUGUUCUCACAAAAAGAUUGUGGCAGCAUCAGCAGUGACUGCUUUCUGGAAUCUGUCAAGUGUCAAAACCCGUAUUUUUACUGCAUUUAUAUCCUUGGUGAUACUACGAUGCUUCCGGCAACAUCUAGUGCCGAAACAGGAAGAUGGGGAGACACUUCCAACACAGGCAGAAGGGGAAGCAGAAAGAGAGCAAGAGAAACAACAGUCAUUAGUGGUGGCAGAAGGGAAAGCUGAAAGAGAGCAAGAGCAACAACAGGCAUUAGUGGUGGCAGAAGCAGUGACCUCCCAGAAACAGUAGCUUGCUUGCAUCUUUGCCAUUUCUAACAACCAUAAAUUUGCAAUUCCAGCAUAUAUAUGUAUGAGGCAUUGUGUUCUACUCUAAAAAACUAACAAUUACUGUGAACAAAAAAGAUUUUGUAUUUCUUCUGCUUUGAGUGUCCUUUUCUUUU